AUAGACAUAACACUUAAUUUAACAUCGGUUGCGAGUAAUUCCAGAAAGUUUAAAAUAAAGCUGUUAAUUAAGAAAACUAUAUUUGAGGUGAUCAAUGAGAAUAAAAUAAUAAAAAAAAAUUAACCACAGUGUUUCACUUCAAGACAACAUUUUUAUUUACAUCGAUGGUCAGGUAUUUGUCGAGUGGAUUUUAUUUUCCAUUAGCAGUCUAUCAACAAUGAACCCCAACAGUGUCACUAACAUUUCAAAACACCAGUUAGGUGACAAGACGAUUUUAAAUAGCGCAGAUACGCUACGAAGUCUUAGAAAAAAAAGAAUAGAGUUUGGCUACUACUGCUACAAUUUUAAACAACGAGGUUUCAAUGUACUUAUGAGUUCAAACAGGAUGGACUUUAUCAUAGUGAUGAACGAUGGAAAUAUGAGUAAACAGAAGCCUCGACGAGUUAAAUUGCCUUACAGAGGAAUUGGGAAUGAAAAGAUUGCAUUUGAAAUCAUAUCACUUCAUAGGGAAUUUCAGGUAAACCUGAACAACGUAAAAAUUUUAAAUUACACAUCUGCAUUAGAUUGCUAUGAUUCGUUUAAAGCAGUCGGUAUCCCAAAUCUAGAUCUUUAUAUGACAUGAAACGUUUUCACAACAUAGACAAGUGGACCCAUGCGCGGGUGAACGAGGUUCAGUAAAUAAAACAACUUUUUUUCAUUAACUGCCUGAAUUUACUUUGUGCAUUAUUAGCAUAUUUUGCAAACAAUUAAAUAUAUUUUGAUAGUUUCAAUAAAUCAGUCAGCUGUUAGAUAUAGACCUUGGAACUAUUAAUAAAUGUUUGAUCUAAC